AUGGCUUCCCUGCUGUUUCGCACUUUCCUCUUGCAAAGCAUCUUCCAGCUGCUGCGGAUGGUCGGCGAUGAGCCGGAUGAGGCCACAGGCGAGCGCAUGCAGUGGCGCACAACUAAGAGAAGCAGUGGAUUUAAGGAAAGCUCCAGCAGAGACACAGAGGAGGAGGAUGAAGAAGAGCAGGAAGAAAGCAACGCAGAAGCUCCUCCUGACAAACAAGAUCUGGACAGGAUUUAUGCCAGGCGCGUCCAGUGGCCAGUGCAGAAGCUGGCCUUCAGAUGUCAGCUCGUGAUGGAGCUGGUGAGUAACAUCCUCGGCGUCUUCCACGGGGCCCUGUCCGACUGUUUCUCGCCAGUGCUGCAGCCAGCCAUCGGGGUGGGCAGCGCCUUCGAAGGCUGGAGUCCCCGUGAUGAUGAGGACGUUGUCUACCACCUGCUUGUGCCCCUGAAGCCUCCCCUGGGCCAUACCUUCCACCUGGAGUUGGGCACUACGGGGGAGAUACCAGCCAAGGACUCCCGCGUCCGUGUGGAGCUGGCGUGCACCUGCACCACAGGUUCUCCGGGGGAGGACACACUGUGCUUCCUCCACAACCCCAAAAAGCAGCUGAGGAGCAAUAAGGCUGCCAGCUUCCUAGGCACCCUCUGCACCAGCUCCUACCUAGACGUGCAGAAAACUGCUCAGUGGUUCCAGAGCAAAGUGAAGACCGCUUGGCUCUUGCUGCCUCAGUCACGGUGCUAUGACAUGAAGGUGCUGCCCUCCAGCCGUUCUUGCAAGCUGCAACUGAAAAAUGCCUCCGAGAGGACCCUCAUGGUUGAGCUGCUUUUUGGGGUGCAGCAGGGCGACUCAGACAUCUUCCUGAGCAGCCAGACUCCAGACGCCGCCUUCACCCCGAGCACAACAUGGCCACAGAGCUACGCUGUGGCAGAGGCAAAGUUCUUCAGGCAUAUGACCAGCCAGGCCCCACACGGCAGAUUCCCCCUCAGAUGCUUGCACCUUUGCACCCGCAUCCUGGCGGGCACAGGCUUCUCCACCUCUGCCUUGAAGACAAUCGUGAUGCACCUGCUCAUCACCACACCCCUGUCAGGCUGGUGUGCCAAAGACUUCCUGCUGCGGCUAGACAAUAUCAUGCACUACCUGCGCCAGUGUCUGGAGACCAAACGCCUCAAUCACUUCUUCGUUGGCAAUGAGAAUGUGCCCAAGGAGAUCGCCUUGCCCCCAGCCCUCCAAACAGCUGAGCCAGUCAACCUCUUCCAGCACCUGGCACAGGAUCAAGCAACACACGACGAGCCACUGCGUCCGUUACAAGAUCGGCUCACAAGACUGCUCUUCUACGGCAUCUAA